UUUGAAUGUCACGGUGAAAGACCUGCGCUUAGCGGCCUGGGCCGGCAAUCUGUGUGAGCCGAUAUACUUAUAGUCUACUGAUUCGAGUUCUUCGGGGCCUGUGCUAGGCAACUCCCCGCAAUCAUCAUGCUUUACAUCCUGUUACUUGGUCUCUCUAUUCUUCUCGCAGGUUACAAUAUCUCUCGGAGAAACGCUAAAGGGCCUCUGCCUCCAGGGCCACGUGGACUCCCUUUCCUCGGAAACGCGCUACAUAUCCCCCCGGAGUACAGCUGGUUGACGUUCACACGCUGGGCGCAAACGUACGGCGAUGUUAUGCACUUGUCUGUGAUCGGUCAAUCGUUCAUCAUCCUGAGUUCUCGAAAGGCAAUCGACGACUUGCUUGAGAAACGCGGCGCUAUGUACUCUGAUCGACCUAUCAUUCCUAUGGCGGGAGAGUUAGCUGGAUUCGGGCAAUACAUGGCUAUGUUCCCGUACGGGCCUCGACACAGAGAGGGCCGUAAGUUGUUCCUAGGCACGCUCAACCCACGAAACGCACCUCGCCUGCAAGCCAUUCAGGAAGAAACCGUGGCGCCGUUUGUCGCCAACCUCGCCGAAGAUCCCUCGAAUUUCUUGUUGCAUAUACGGUGGCUUGUCGCGAGCGUUGUCCUUCGGAUCACGCACGGGUUGACGAUCGACAGUUAUGAUGAUCCGGUCAUCCAGACAAUGGAGAAGGUCAUUCAUGACGUCUCCAAAUUAUCGGCACCGGGAGCAUAUCUAGUUGACAGCCUACCUAUCCUGAUGCACAUCCCGGACUGGUUUCCGGGUGCUGGCUUCAAGAAGGUUGCGAAGGACGCGCGCGACAACUCCUCCAGGAUCGAACACAAGCUGUAUGGCAUCGUGAAGGAGCAGGUGGCUCGUGGGACAGCGCUCCCUUCCUUCGCAGGCGAUUUGAUGCAGAAUAAUCCCAAUGCAACGCCAGAGGAAGAGGAUCUGUACAGAAAAACGGGAACCCUGUUCUACACAGCGGGGUCCGAUACUACAGUCUCUGUUAUCGAGUCUUUCUUGAUUCUGAUAGCACAGAAUCCGGGCAUCCAGAAGAAGGCUCAAGCUGAAGUAGAUGCAGUGACUGGGCGCACACGGCCGCCGGUCUUCAGCGAUCGCGAGGCCCUACCAUACCUUGACGCAGUGCUAAAGGAGGUGUUCCGUCACAAGCCUGCAGGACCCUUAGCUCUUCCGCACAAGGUCCGUCAGGAUGAUCACUAUGCAGGGUAUUGGAUUCCAGCAGGCUCUACUGUAUUGUCUAAUACAUGGGCUAUCAUGCGUGAUCCCUCGCUCUACCCAAACCCCGACCUAGUGGAUCCGGAACGCUACUUACGCGACAGCAACGAAAAUCUGAAUCCCGACCCACGGAUUUUCGCGUUUGGGUACGGAAGGAGAGUAUGUCCCGGCCAAAUGCUUGCAGAGAGUACUCUGUUCCUAACUGCGGCAAACAUCCUGGCGUCCUUCGAUGUCAGCGAAGCCUUCUCCUUGGAUGGUUCAGAGCCUAAAUGGGGAGGUGGCGUCGUGAGUCAACCACUACCCUUCAAGUGCACCAUCAAACCUCGUACAAAGACAGCCCAUCAUGGCUGAGCUCACUUCGAUAGGACAGAGGUUGAUGCGGCGGGUGGCGGUUGUGUUCCACGGGUCCGUGAUAUAGCAUGGUAUUUUGUUGCGAACACCCAAUAUUGUGUCACUGUACCUCAGAACAUGAUGCACCUGAUUCUGGUUGCCUCUGAGGCUCAAUUAA